UAAAAUUGUAAAAUCCCGUGCGAGAGAAUGGAAGUUUGGAAACCUCUUGGCGUUCACACUCGUUAGCUUCACAUGACUUGUACAUAAGCAUAGCGACGCUGUUUCUUCAGCCGUCACCGCUUCCAGUCGUCGCAUCCUUUCGGCUCCCUGUAGCUCUCUCUGUUUCCCCGUGUUAUUAACUAAAAACCCUAGAGCUCACGACAGAGAAUGGAGUUCUCGCAAGACGACUUCGAUCGGCUCCUGAUGUUUGAGCAUACUCGAAAAUCCGCUGAAGCUACCUACGCUAAUUAUCCUCUUGAUGCUGAUAAUCUGACUAAGUGGGGCGGAGCUUUGAUUGAACUGUCUCAAUUUCAGAGUCUUCCAGACGCAAAAAAGAUGUUGAAUGAUGCCAUUUCCAAGUUUGAGGAGGCUUUGGUGAUAAAUCCUGCUAAGGCUGACACCCUAUGGUAUAUAGGAAAUGCAAACACUUCAUAUGCAUUUCUGACUCCUGACCUUUCUGAGGCCAAAGGGUAUUUUGAUAAAGCUUCUAAUUACUUUCAACAAGCAGUAGAUGAGGAACCCAGUAACGAUCUCUAUCGCAAGUCUCUAGAAGUCACUGCAAAGGCACCAGAGCUACACAUGGAGAUCCAUAAGCAUGGAAUUACUCAACAAACUAUGGGCGGAGGGUCUUCUGCUUCUUCAAAUGCAAAGGUUUCCAAGAAGAAUAAGAAGAGUAGUGAUUUCAAAUAUGACAUUUUUGGGUGGAUAAUCCUUGCAGUUGGAAUUGUUGCAUGGGUGGGGAUGGCGAAAUCCCAUGUUCCUCCACCUCCAAGAUAAGCUAUAAAGUCCACCACUUUCUCUUAAUGGAAUGAAGUGCUGGAUAAAGCUGUCAAAUUCACAGUGGCCGCAUUUCCAUUAGUGGAAACAAAUCUCAAAAGAGAAGUGAGAAAUCUAUAUAAUACACCAGGUUAAUGUGUUGUUACAAAGUAGCACGAUAAUGUUAAACUAAUAGAAGUUUACAAGGCAUUCCACUUUGAUUAUUUUUUUAUUAGGAUUUAUUGCAGGAGAUGCUCCCAGAAAUUGUAGUGAAGAAUGUUUCUUUUGCCGCAAAGAUGACUUUACUUUUGCAGUAGUUGACGUCCAUCCUCUUUCAUUGGUGGGAUUUCUAUUGAUGGCCUUCUUCCUAGAUUGUCUCUCUGAACAUCCAAUAAUCUCUUUUGUGCUUCUCCCAACCAGUGGUUGCUGCAGACGCAAUACAUGAUUUAAGUGGAUCUUGAUGUUUCUAUAUUACCUGGAGGUAUUCUUUCAAUAAUGAAGAGUUAGCAGAUUUUUUAGGGUAAAGAGACAUCCACGUAUCUUCAUUAACUUUUUUAUGAUGAGUGGAUUGUAUCCUCCAAUGGAUAAUGCAGAAUUAGUUAAGAGGCCCCAAUAAUGUUGGAUGCUUUUUUGGUUGGAAAAGCAAGCAUUCAUAUUAUUUGAUGUUGAUACUCAGAAAAAAAUGAUAUCAUUACAUGAGUCUGGUGGAUGUUAUGUUGCGGUUGUUUUAGUAAUGUAUGAGGAGAAAAAUCAAGCUAGUUUCAUAGAGAAUGGAGGAGAAAGUGGAAAGUAUUCGCAUAUUGGCUAGUAUGUGGAGGACCCUACUAGAGAUAUGGAUUUGCAUUUUAUGUGAUGGUUGGUUUUGUCCUUGCAGCAGUUUCAUUUCAAGGGAUUUAUACCCUUUUUUUUUCUGGCGAGGGAUUUUUACCUUUUUCAUUUCUGGGUUUUUGAGAAACCAUGUGUGAAUGCCUAUGGCCUAGGUUUGCUGAGCUAUUUUCCCCCUUCGAUGCAUAUGGAUGUGUGGUUAUUUAUUUAUUUUUGCCAAAAUUAUAGGGAAUCGGAGGAUUUGAAUAUGAGAUUUUACAGAUGCAUUAAUCGUGGCAGUGAUGUUUUAUU